CCCUGCCCUGCCCUGCCCUGGCCCGCCGUGUGUCCCUGCUGCGGGCGGGCGGGCGGGCGCGGCGUGCCCGGGGACUGCGACGCGGGCUCUCCGGUCAUGAAAGAACCUUUUUCCUCAUAUGUGAGCAAGAAACUUGAAGUCCUCCUUUGGUGAGCUGGAUAUUCCAUUUUUUUACAUUCCCUCUUCAUUCUCCAGUUGUGACUAGAAAACUGUAUCAGCCUGUUGCAAGACCAGGGAACACAUGUAUUACACACGUGGAGCUGAUGCAGAGAAGCUGAAAGGUUCAUUCAGUGCUGUGUAAGAAGCAUGUGACUGCAGAUCAAGACCCAGUGUUGGUUGUGGAAAACAUUUAACACCAAUGAAUGGCUUGAUCUUCACGCUCAGCUCCAGAUGACCUGUCCUGUUAUUUGUAAGGAUGUCGUCUGUUACUGAAAAUGGAGAUGUUACUGCUGGAAAGCCAAAUGAAGAAAAAACGUAUAAAAAGACUGCAUCCUCAGCUAUUAAAGGUGCUAUCCAGUUGGGAAUAGGAUACACAGUAGGAAACCUUACAUCAAAACCAGACAGAGAUGUUCUUAUGCAAGACUUCUAUGUAGUGGAAAGUGUCUUUCUACCAAGUGAAGGGAGCAAUCUUACCCCUGCUCAUCAUUACCCUGACUUCAGAUUUAAGACAUAUGCACCUCUUGCCUUCCGCUAUUUCAGAGAACUCUUUGGUAUCAAGCCUGAUGACUAUUUGUACUCAAUCUGCAGUGAACCUUUAAUUGAAUUAUCCAACCCAGGUGCCAGUGGGUCUUUAUUUUUUGUAACUAGUGGUGACGAAUUCAUCAUCAAAACAGUUCAACACAAAGAGGCUGAGUUUCUUCAGAAGCUCUUGCCAGGUUAUUAUAUGAAUCUGAACCAGAAUCCAAGGACCCUUCUUCCCAAAUUUUACGGGCUGUACUGUGUUCAGUCAGGAGGCAUUAAUAUUCGAAUUGUUGUCAUGAACAAUGUUUUGCCACGAGCCUUGAAAAUGCAUUUCACAUAUGACUUAAAAGGCUCCACAUACAAACGGAGAGCAUCAAGAAAAGAGAGGGAGAAGUCCAACCCUACAUUCAAAGACCUGGAUUUCCUGCAAGAUAUGCAUGAAGGGUUGUAUUUUGAUUCUGAAACACACAGUGCACUAAUGAAAACACUACAGCGGGAUUGUCGAGUUCUAGAAAGUUUUAAGAUCAUGGAUUACAGUCUGCUUCUGGGAAUCCACAUAUUGAACAGUAACGUGAAAGAAAAAGGAGAGUGUUCCCAGAGUGCAUCAGACACAAAACGCCAUGGAGGGCAGAAAGUUCUCUAUUCCACUGCCAUGGAAUCUAUACAAGGCCCUGGGAAGUCUGGAGACUCCGUCACCAAAGAGACAACAAACACAAUGGGAGGUAUUCCAGCAAAAAGCUAUAAAGGUGAAAAGCUGCUUUUAUUUAUGGGUAUUAUUGAUAUUCUCCAGUCUUACAGGUUGAUGAAGAAGCUGGAACAUUCUUGGAAAGCUCUUGUUUAUGAUGGGGAUACUGUUUCAGUUCACCGACCAAGUUUUUAUGCAGACAGAUUUUUAAAGUUUAUGAAUGCAAGAGUUUUUAAAAAAGUUCAAGCUGUAAAGCCUUCACCUUCAAAGAAACGGUGCAAUUCCAUCACAGCCCUAAAGGCAGCCUCACAAGAAAUAGUGUGUGCAGUUAGCCAGGAGUGGAAGGAUGAAAAGCAUGGCACUCUUGCUGAAGGACAAAGUUAUGCCAGCCUUGAUGAAGAAGUACUAGGUUCACACCACCGGCCGGAUCUAGUGCCAAGCACUCCAUCUCUGUUUGAAGCAGCUUCCUUGGCAACCACACUUUCUUCUUCUUCCUUGAAUGUAGAUGAGCAUUGUCAGCGUGAUAAACCUACGCUCUAUUCUAGCAGUAAAGGGUUACCGUCGAGUUCAACAUUCACUUUGGGAGACAGUGCCAUCUAUUUGACUUCAGAACAGAGCACAUUGGAAACGGAAAAUGAUAAUGCUUCAGUUUUGGAUGUCUACUUAGAUUUUGAAGUCUUAAAAUAAUAUUGAAGAUUAAUUUUGUAUUUCAAAGCUGCUGUAGAUGCAUAGUAAUGAACACAUGAAGAGUAAAAUUAAGAGAAGUGACCAUGGUUAAUGAAGAGCACUUUCUGCACUCCUCAUUUUAGAAGGAGGAAUUUGCUGAGCCUAAUAGACAAAGAGUAAUAAUCAACAGAACUUAUUCUAAGAAGUGCCAGGAUCUUUGAACCAUAGAAAGGAUUGAUGGACUUGACAAAAAUGACAGGAAACAUUCCACACUCCGCUGUCAUCUGCUGUUGCUUGCUCAACUGUGAAGAACUGUAUUCAGGCUGCUUUCUACAAUAUUGCCAAUCACCUUUUUUGGACUUUGAAGUGAUAUUUUCUUAUCAGCCCUCUAGAGGUUUCAUUUGCAUGCAUUCUGUAACUAUGCACAAGCAAAAUCUAUUACCAACUUUACCUAUUUAAAAAUAAACACAGUGGUGAAUAAAAUGAGUUUCAUUCUUUUUUGAUCACCUCAGUUCUAAUUGCUUAGGUCCACAUCAGUGGAAAUUGGAACUGAUGUUGUACGAGGGUUAGGGCAAAUCUCUGCACAUACUAUAUGAAAAUGAGCCUCUAAUGAUACUUUCACUGUUGGUAAAAAGGAGAUAAAAAUGUUAUUUAUAACAAGGCCUUAUGUUGUGUACAUAUAUUGUCCUUGAAAUAUUUUUGAUUUUGCUUUAUUUCUUGUAAAAGAGAAAUUCUAUAAUUUAUUUAGAAAAUACUACUGUAAACUAUAGUUUUAUUGAUGAAUAAAAGAUUUUAUUCUAAAGACUA